ACAAGAAGAAGCUCUUGUACUUUAAUCACUACUACCCGAACCCCUCAAUACAAGUGUACCAUUAGUCUUCAAAACCUUAAAGAUCUCAAGAGACCCACAAUGUUGCCGGCGACCAUGGCCGAGAUGUGGGCAUCUGUGGGCUCUACCAUAGCCAGCAUCAUGUUUGUGUGGACGAUUGUGCAACGAUAUUGUCCCUAUGAGCUUCGCCGCUUCUUUGAUAAAUAUACAUACAUAAUCAACGGCUACUUCAAUCCCUACAUUCAUAUUUCUUUCCCAGAGGCCUCGGAAGAAUGGUUCAAGCGUAGCGAAGCCUAUACAACUGUAGAGGCAUACCUCAGCGCCAAAGCUUCCAAGAAUGCUCGGCGACUCAAAGCUGUGUUGGGGAAAGAUAGCAGCAAGUUGCUGUUGAGUAUGGAUGUGCAUCAGAGAGUGGAGGAUGAGUUUCGUGGUGUUAAAAUUUGGUGGGCGUCAAACAAAAUUGUUAAACAAGCAGGGCCGUCGUUCCAGCAGGAGAAGUUGUCGUACAUGCUCACGUUUCAUAAGAAGUACCGUGAGCAAAUCACUGAGUCAUAUCUGGAGCAUGUUAUGAAGGAAGGGAAGCAAAUUGGUGUGAGGAAUCGGCAGAGGAAGCUCUACACCAAUUGUCCCACUGAACAGUGGCCAAUUUACAAGCGAAGCUUGUGGAGUAGCAUCGUUUUUGAGCACCCAGCUAGCUUUGAAACAAUGGGUAUGGAUCCGGAGAAGAAGCAGGAGAUUGUUGAAGAUCUGUUAACUUUCAGCAAUGGUAAGAACUUUUAUGCAAAGAUUGGGAAGCCAUGGAAGAGAGGUUAUCUUCUCUAUGGCCCUCCCGGGACAGGAAAGUCAACGAUGAUUGCAGCAAUGGCAAACCUGUUGGACUAUGACGUCUAUGAUCUUGAGCUCACAGCAGCGAAGGAUAACACGGAGCUGAGGAAGCUUUUGAUCGAGACUACCACUAAGUCUAUCAUCGUGAUCGAGGAUAUUGAUUGUUCACUUGAUCUUACAGGUCAAAGAAAGAAGAAAACAAAGAAAUCUUCAGAGGAUAAUGAUGAGAACGAACGUCCAAAGAAAGAUGUCGAGGAAGAGAAGAAGAGCAACAAAGUCACACUUUCAGGGCUGUUAAAUUUCGUCGAUGGACUGUGGUCUGCUUGUGGGGGAGAGAGGUUGAUUGUUUUUACAACAAAUUAUGUGGAGAAGCUGGAUCCUGCACUCAUAAGGAAAGGUAGAAUGGAUAAGCAUAUUGAGCUCUCUUACUGCAGUUUUGAGGCAUUCAAGGCGCUUGCAAAGAAUUACCUGGAUCUUGAAAAGCAUCCUAGGUUUGACACAAUACAGUGGUUGAUGGAGGAGACCAAGAUCACACCUGCUGAUGUUGCAGAGAACCUUAUGCCAAAGUCCUCAUUAGAUGAUGCAGACAAAUGCCUAUCGAAUUUGAUACGGGCUCUUGAGCAAGCAAAGGAAGAAGCACAAAAGAAGAAAGCUGAAGAAGCGAAACUGAAAGAGGAAGAAGCGGCAAAGAAGAAAGAUGAAGAGGUGAAAGUGAAAGAGGAAGAAGUAGCAAAGAAGAAAUUAGAUGAAGAUGAGGUGAAAGUUAAAGAGGAAGAAGCAGCAAAGAAGAAAGAUGAAUAGGUGAAAGUGAAAUUAGAGAAUGAACCAAGCUUGCAAAAUGUUUCGGAAUCAACUUAGGGCAGAAUAAAUGUUUUGUUUAGUACUAGGUCCUAUGGUUUUUAUUAGUAUUUCUCUUCCAGUUGGGUCCAGUACUUAAAAUGGAAGAAGAAGAAAGCAAAAAACGUGUAGUGUUUUGUGAUGAAUA